UGCAGGCCGCCGCCGUCCGCGGCAGGCUGGCAGUCAUGUCCCGGGACGCCGGGUYCCCGCUCGCGGCCGCGCCGCUCAGMGGCCUGUACCUGGAGGCGGGUCAGCAGCUGCGGCGCCUGCAGGACCAGCUGGCCGCCCGGGACGCCCUCAUCGCGCGCCUCCGUGCUCGCCUGGACGCGCUCGAGGGGCACGCGGCGCCGUCGCUCGUGGACGCGCUGCUGGAGCAGGUGGCGCGCUUCCGGGAGCAGCUGCGGCGGCAGGAGGGCGGCGCCSCCGAGGCCCAGCUGCGCCAGGAAGUUGAGAGACUUACUGAGAAACUAGAAGAAAAAGAGAAGGAGAUGCAGCAGCUGAUGAGCCAGCCUCAGCAAGCCCGGGAGAAGGAGCUUGUCCUGUUGCGGAGGAGUGUGCUGGAGAAGGAACAGGCCCGGGCCGCCAGCCAUGUGCUGUGCCGCUCCUUGGCCGACGAGACCCACCAGUUACGCAGGAUGCUGGCUGCCACUGCACACAUGUGCCAGCAUCUGGCCAAGUGUCUGGAUGAACGACAUGCACAGGGGGACGUGGGGGAGAAGUGCCUGAAGGAGCCAGAGCAUACAGAUGGGGAUCAGGCUGCUGUUGAGAAGUUACAGGAAGAAAAUCGACUGUUGAAACAGAAGGUGACUCAUGUGGAAGACCUCAAUGCCAAGUGGCAGCGCUAUGAUGCCAGCCGGGACGAGUAUGUGAGGGAACUCCACGUGCAGCUGAGGGGGCUGCAGGCCCACCAGGAAUCUGAACUGAUGAGGAAGGAGAUCUCCCGGCUCAACAGGCAGUUGGAGGAGAAGAUAAAUGACUGUGCAGAAGUGAAGCAGGAGCUGGCAGCUGCCAGGAUGGCCCGGGACUCCGCACUGGAGCGAGUGCAGAUGCUGGAGCAGCAGCUUCUUGCUUACAAGGAUGACUUCGCGUCAGAAAGGGCAGAUCGGGAACGGGCUCAAAGCAGGAUUCAGGAGCUGGAGGAGAAGGUCACUUCCUUGCUGUACAARGCUUCCCAGAGACAGGACACCCAGGAGGAAGGCCCCUGCCGGAUUCAUACUAGGAGCAGAACUGCCAAGUACUUAGAGACCGAUGUGUUGGAGCUUGGGGCACCUGGUGGCUGGAGGCCUGGGCCUGGGUCCCCACAGCUGGAGUCUCCUGCAGAGGACGUGUGCCCCAGCACAGCUCACAGAGGACGGGGUGACCUUCAGUGCCCCCGCUGCCUGGGCUACUUCAGUGACACGCAGGGUGAAAAAUUCCUCAGGCAUGUGUCUGAGUGCUGUCAGUGAGCCAGGGCCUCCUGUGCCCCUGUGGUUUCCACCCUGCCCUAGGGGAUGUGGGGGUGCUUUCAGACAUGGUGGGUUGAACUCUACUGAGACAUAGGGUGCCCAGAAUGAGAUAGGAACACUCUUAAGAGUUCUCUUUGGUUCCCUUUUGGCCACAGCUCAGACUGGGUCUGUGAAGCUGCCAGCAGAGCUGGAGUCAGAGUUAGGGUCAGGAGCAUCUGGCAGUGGGGGCAGUCCUGUCCCAAGCUGCCAAGCCAGUCUGGUGCAGGGACACCUCGAGGCCAGGUACCUUGCAGCUUCAGAUGCUGCUGCUUGCCAGAAGCAGGUGGCUGCCUGUGGGAGCCCAGUGUGCCAUCCCUAGGAUGGAAGGCUCAUCCUGUGCCACAGAAUAAGGUGUCCCGGGCUAGGGUUGUGGCUCAGUGGCAAAGCACUCACCUAGCACGUGCGAGGUCCUGGGUUCGA